AUGGACGUGCUCAUGGACACCAAUGAAGAGGCGCACAUCAGCAACGGCGCUAUCAAAACUGGCACCGUGGAUCCUCGAGUCCUUGCCCGAAGCAGAGGGUCUGAGACUCCUGGAUCGACCCAAGAUGCGACCGACGACGGAUCACAAUCGAAAUUACAACCCACGUCUCAAAAAGCCAAAGAUGUUGCUAUUCGGAAGGCGGGCUUGCCUACGGGAUGCUGCUACGAUGAUAGAAUGAAAUUUCAUGCCAACGCAGAUUUUUCCUCAAGCCCCCACCAUCCUGAAGAUCCCCGCCGGAUAGAGGCGAUCAUGACAGAGUUCAAGACUCAUGGUCUCAUUCUGGAACGAUCACAGAUCCAGGUCAAGAAUGAGAUCAAGCUCGACCCAAGCAAGUAUAUGUGGAGGAUUGCUGCGAGGGAGGCGACUCGGGAAGAAAUCUGUACGGUGCAUACAGCAUCGCAUUUCGAAUGGGUUAGAUCGUUAUCUCAGAUGUCCUCCGAAGACCUAAGGCAGCUUACCAACGACUACGACAAUGGAAGAAAGUCUCUAUAUGUUGGUAACCUCACAUACGAGGCUGCUUUGAUCUCUGCGGGUGGAGCAAUCGAGACGUGCAAAAAUAUCGUCGCUGGUAAAGUGAAGAACGCGAUUGCCGUCAUCCGUCCACCUGGUCACCAUGCCGAGCACAACGAGUCGUUGGGCUUCUGCAUCUUUAAUAACGUCCCAAUCGCCGCCCGAAUCUGUAUGGCAGACUAUCCAGAAUCCUGCCGGAAGGUCCUGAUUCUUGACUGGGAUGUCCACCAUGGCAACGGAAUCCAGAACAUAUUUUACGACGACCCAAACGUGCUCUACAUCUCGAUCCAUGUAUACAUGAACGGGUCAUUUUACCCAGGUCAGCCCGAGAUUGACGGAAUUCCGGAUGGUGGCCUUGAUAAGUGUGGUGUGGGGAAGGGGUUGGGAAAGAACAUCAAUAUCGGCUGGCCAGAACAAGGUGUCGGAGAUGGGGAAUACAUGGCGGCCUUCCAGAGGAUCGUGAUGCCCAUUGCCCAGGAAUUCGAUCCAGACUUGGUCAUCGUCUCGGCAGGCUUUGACGCUGCGGCUGGCGACGAUCUGGGAGGAUGUUGGGUCUCUCAAGCUUGCUAUUCCCACAUGACGCACAUGCUCAUGUCGCUCGCCAACGGAAAGGUAGCUGUCUGCUUAGAGGGUGGGUACAACUUGGGAGCCAUCUCAAGAUCCGCACUCGCUGUUGCGAAGACGCUGAUGGGUGAGCCUCCCAUGCGGCUUAAGAUCCCACCUCUCAACAAGGCUGCUGCGCACACUCUUGAAAAUGUCAAGAGGAUACAAUCGGCGUACUGGGAGUGCAUGCGACCAGGCGUUCUCCCGCUUUCGGCUCUAAAAGAGAUGGGAAUGAGUCGAAUGAGCGAUAUCAUCCGAUCUGCACAGAAGAUCGGACUUGCUGAGAAGCAUGACAUGAUUCCUCUGUACAUCCAGCGGACAAAGAUCAGUCGGUCUUUUGAAAAUCAGGUUCUAGUUACGCCUGAACUGCAUAGGGCGAAGAAGAUCUUGCUAAUCAUUCAUGAUCCACCUCAGGUCUACGCCCAGCCAGAUCCCUACGAUAAUUCUGUCGACGCACAUAACUCAUUUGUGGUAAGUAUGAGAUUCUACAAGCUUGAACAGAGACUAAAGAUGUUAAAGACGGAAGGAAUUCUCCCUUACAUCGACUGGGCCAUCAAUCAUGGCUUUGGCGUCAUCGACAUCAACUGCCCACAGCACAUCUCGCAACCUUCCGACACUGACCCGUAUGUGCCCAAGCCGACCGAAGGCACCAUGGGAACGCAAGUGCGAGAUUUGCUUUGCUUUAUCUGGGAUAAUUACCUCGAACUGAAUCGCGAUGCAAGUAUCACGCUGAUGGGUGUUGGUGACGCCUACUUUGGCAUCAAGCAGUUAUUGGUCGCAAGAGAUGGUGCUAAGGACAAGAUUGCUGGAAUCGUUUCUUUUGUGACUGGCGCCCUUCGACCCGUCAAAUCUGAAACCGACCCUACGCUUUCUCGCUGGUAUCAAAGCAACUCUUUGAUCUAUGUCUCGCCUGGACACGCCUGCUGGUAUGAUGAGGAUUCGCUGAAGAAAAUUAAGAAGCACCGUUUCGGCCAGGUUGAAAAGGCAGAUAUUGUCCUUACCCAAGGAGAUGUCGAUGGGACUGGGCUGGCGAAGAUGCUGAUGCGACACCAGGCUGAUGCGAAGAAAUUUAUGAUGAUGAGUGUGAGAAAUUGGGUGGAAGAGAAAGAGGAGCAAGAGGAUACGGAUGAGGAUGAGCUAGCGCGCCCGGAUAUCGUCAUGGACGACUUGCAAAUGGGUGCGCCGAGGAGUGUAAGGACGCCGGUUCGAGCGUGA